AUUGAGAGACUUUUUUGUAAAACUCUGAUACAAAGACAAACUCAAUAGCAAAAAGGAGGAGGAUGGAUUGCAUUCGGUGAAUAUUUAGCAAAACAAAAGAUCAGGCAAGAGGUAAAAACUGCUCGAUCAUACUCGAUAUGAAAGUAUCAAAAUUAGUUAAAGAGGAACAGACAAAAAAUCCCUUGCUUUGGCAAAACGCAAGUGUAUCUUUUAUAUGGGAAGCAUAGUUACUUUGCUUGCCUCCCCGUCAUUGUUCAUGAGGCUACCUCUGAAACUUAUUUUCUCAAGUUUCUUACAAGUAAGAUUUCUAGAUAUAGAGUUGUCUUUCAGAUCAACAGCCUUCCUAGAAAGGUCAAGAAGAACAUAUCAGACAUACGAACAUUUGAUCAACCAGGUAUCCACCAUUUUGCUGACAGAAAAGGUAUGAUUUCCGUCAUUCUUUCUAAGAAAUACCAUGUUAUUUAUCUAUUUUAUUAUCUUGAACUUCAUAAGUUUUACGGAUUUAUACAAUGAAGAAUUAUUCCCCCUUGUUUUGUGAAAAAAAAAAGAAGCUAAGAUGGGAAUAGGAAUUGUUUGGCUAUGAAGAUAUGUUUUAAUGGCUGCAAAGCAAAAUAUACAGCUUUACCAUUCGAAGCAAAGGUCACAAGAAGAUGAUUCUGAUGAUUAUGUGGUAGAUUUAGGAAGAUUUGAUUCCUGUACUUGCUGAGAUCUUAGGCGAUGAUUAAAUUUUAAGUAACAAAAUCUUAAUGGCAAUGUUAAUUGUUAUCUUCUUUGGUCAAUUUGAGUUUUCAGUCUCCAUUCUGUAUUAAGAUGUUGAAAGACCGGUUUCUACAUAAUCUGAAUCUUCUGAGCAGGAAAGACUUCAAGUUAAAUAAGCAAUCUUUUUAACUAAAAGAACUAAACAAGAAGGAUACAUACUUACAAUUGGCUUUUGUUUGCCAAAGGCAAAUGAGACGGGGAUAUGACUAUGUUGAUGGUGAUCAGUUUGCAACAGCAGUUGCAGCUUCUGCUUUUGCUAUACAUUCCCUUGAAGAAUACCAGAAAAAGCUAAGGAAGGGAUCUGAAAUCGCUUUGGGAAGUGUUAGGACCAGGAAAGAUGAGCGUUCUUUGCCAAUAGAAACAGCUUCCUCUGGGAGGCCAUUUGGCCAGGGUAAUAGGACUACAUCCUUUGCAAGGCCUGUACCUUUUGCGGAACAAAAGCAAAAGGGCAACUCAAAGAAAUACAGAAAUGCAGAAACCAAAGCAGAUGCUUGGGAGAAAGCUCAGAUGGCCAAAAUUAAGAAAAGGUAUGAAAGGAUGCAGUCUGAUAUUCUUGCUUGGGAGCAUGAAAAGAAAAUGCAAGAGAAACUUCAACUGGAAAAGAAAAAGAGUGAGCUGGAGCUCAGAAGGGAGAGAAACUUGCAAUAUUACAGAAGCAAGCUGGCCAGGAUAGAUCAUAAUGCUGGAGGAGCCAGAAAACAGAUAGAAGAGAAAAGGAAGUAUGAGGAAUCUGUUGUGAAAGAGAAAGCAAGAAAUAUAAGAUCCACAGGAAAUGCUCCACUCAGAUGCUUCUGCUUCUAAUCACAAGGAACGAAAUUUGGACAGUGCCUAACGCUAAAUCCAAAAAUGCACAUAAAUUUCCAUUUUAUGUGGAAUUUGUACUGAUGAUUACAUACUUCCUGGUCUUUGAACUUUUAUGUAUAUUGGCUUUCAAAUGUUUGCAGCAUCUGCUUGAACUUUAACUGCAAUGAAGUUCUUCUUAGAAAGAUAUAA